AUGGAGGAAAAGACCCGCCUUGACCUGGUGAAGCUCUGUGACAUAUGUGGUAAUGGUGGUUUCGAGGAACUUAUAGCAACCUGCUCUAAAUGUGGAAUAUCUCAAGAACAUCUUUAUUGCACGAGGGUUUUGUUCAAGGAUACCAUAGAAGAUUGGAUAUGUGAAACGUGUACAUCAUGCACAGACAUAGCUUCACCGGUUUCACUAGGAUGUGACAGGAAGGGAGACUCACAGAAUUGCUUUGAUGCUUUGCGACAUGAUUCACAUGAUGCUCCGAUAAUUUCUGAUGAUUUGCGCGGGCCGCAUUAUUCUAAAAGGCAGCAUGCAGUAACAACUGGAAAAGUGAAGUUUCUUACUGCUGAAGAAGUCAUUAGAUUAUCAUCAGGAACCACUAAAAAGGAACCUCCUUCAAGAAGUAACUUCAGAUGCAGAACUAGUCAUUCUUCUCUCACUUCAAAAUUCUCUCCUACCAGGGUGCCUCCGAACCCCCCCAGAAUUAUCCCUUCAUGUCUUAUAAAGCCCUAUGGACAUGGCAGAAUGAAAACCAGUUCAACAACAAAUAAUCAACAGUCUCCAAGAACAUCAAAAGGAAAGAACUCUUGCCCCAUUACUGUAGCUAUAAAUUCUGAUGAUGAAGAGAGAGACCUGCCGAAUAUUCUGCCUAAGCUUAGGCUGUAUCAUCCUCAUUUCCCUGCUUUGCAUGUGACUUGGAAGGGAGGCUUCAAGUUUGAUGUUGCCACACAACAAAUGUUUUAUGGUGGAUUCCAGGCUCAGCUGCCAUGCAGAAUACAUAGGAAAGCUUACGAGUCUUCACGGAAGAUUCCAUUAAUCCUUCAAGUUAAAUUACUUCCACAAUGUGAUAUUUGGGAAGACCUAUUCCAAGACAGUUGUCCAGAUUUCUGUGAUAUUGCACUUUAUUUUUUCCCUUCUGCUAAUAUUGAGAGAUCAAAAGAGAACCAUGCUAGCCUAUUCCGGCUUAUGGAAACAGAAAAUGCAGCGAUGAGAAGUUACAUUGAUGGUGUAGAGUUGUUGAUAUUCACAUCUAAACAGCUGCAUGUGGAAUCGCAGGAUAUUAUUGCAAGGUCAGGCAUGGGAAACUUCUUAUGGGGAGUUUUCCGGCAUGCAAAACAUGAUAAAAUUAUUUGUAACAAAUUCCCUUCAUUGGCUACUCCUUUGGGAAGUGAACAUGAUGACCAUGCCAACAUGGAUAGAGAUGAGGCUGUUGGCAUGGAAAUUGACAUGGUAGGUGGAACUGUUAUAGGUAGGAUUGAUGUGGCUGUUUCAAAAGAAUCAUCCAGUAGGUUCUGUGUGGAGUCUAACAAGGAAACUGUUGAUGGAGAUGCCUUGAAAUCCAAUAUCUUAUAUUCUUUCAAGGAUUUGGAUUCCACUGUCGAACAUGCAAUUUCUAAACCUGAACAAGCUCACCAUUUAGUUGCUUAGAAGACAAGAGGUGAUAUGGCCUCUCUGGAUCCCUUGCAGAGCUGCCUUGGAAAGUUUUCUGAUGCUAUGGAUGACGCAGGCGUUCCCCCAGGAUUUGUAGAGUCGUUUAAGCUGAAACUCAGCAACGUUUUGCCAGAGAACGCACUUGAGAGGGUGAAUGGAGAUGGAGAUAGAUAUCUUAAAUCUUACCCCACGGAGAUCAAAACAGAAGUGCAAAAUUCUGAUAAUCUUGAACAAGAUUUCAGUCCUAAAAUGCAUACCAAAUCAUCAAGGCAGGGUGAAUUGGUACCCCGGCUUCCAUCCCCAGAUGAUGGAGGCUGAACGUGGCUGGGAUUUCGAAGGGACAUCCAGGUGUUGCUGGUGCUGCUGGAAUCAUAGGUGAUGAAUCUGGAAAUUGGGUUCCAGGCUUCACGCGCAAUCUGGGUAAGCGUAGGAGCUUCAUGUCAUCUGAGUUGUGGGGUAUAUUUCAGGGUUUAAUGUUUGAGGAUUUUCAAAGGAAAAAUUACAUUAUUG